AUGGAGCCGUUUUCAGAGCUGGUGGUGGCGUUGUUUGUGCUGCUGGUGGGCGUGACGGUGGCGCUGCAGUAUCGCUUCAACCCGUUUACUGCCGUCACUCGCAAUGAAGACUUUUCAGCCUUUCAGCGCCGGUACCUGACCGUCUACCUGCUGGCAAACAUGGCCGACUGGAUCACGGGGCCUUACCUCUUUCGAUUGUAUGAGAGCUAUGGUUAUGAACACGACCAAAUCGCCGCGCUCUUCAUCUGCGGCUACGUCAGCUCCCUGGCCUUUGGUCCCAUGCUGGGCGGCGUCGCAGACCGCUACGGCCGGAAACGAAUGUGUGUCGUCUUUUGUUACAUCUUCUCCCUCUCCUGCCUGCUCAAGGUCUUUUCCAACUUUUACCUCCUUCUGCUGGGUCGCAUGUUGGGCGGGGCCUCAACCUCCUUGCUCCUCUCCACCUUUGAGAGUUGGAUGAUUGCCCAGCACAACAAGGAGGGUUUCCCCUCCGAGUGGCUGCCCCGCACCUUUGCGCUGGCAACUUUCGGGAAUGGUGUCGUGGCUUGCCUUUCUGGCAUUGCUGCCAAUGUUGUGGCAGAUUGCUGCGGUCACCAUCCCGUCCGCCCUUUCUUCCUUGCUAUUGUGUGCCUGCUCGUCGCUGCGGGCAUGAUCCAUGCCAACUGGGAGGAACAUCGUCCAUCCGACCUUGUCCAACGCAAGGGUGGACAGUGUGCGCAGGGGCUGCGCGAGCUUUUAUCCAACCGCCGAGUUUGGCUUCUGGGUAUCGUGCAGGCCUGCUUUGAGAGCGCCAUGUACGUCUUUGUGUUUCUCUACACACCCAGCUUGGACCAAGUACAUCAUCGCCACCCUCCGUUGGGAUUCAUCUUUGCCACCUUCAUGUUGGCGUUGAUGUGUGGCUCCACCUGCUUCCGGGCCCUCAUUAACCGCGAGUGGGCUGUCUCAGCCAUUCUCAAAAGCACCCUCCUCGUUGCCGCCGCCGCCCUUGUUGUGGGUGGCCUGACGUGGAAUCGAAGCAUCCUUCUCUUCGCCUUUAUCGUCUUUGAGUUUGCCUGCGGUCUCUUUUACCCCACCAUAAGUACAUUGCGUGGAGAAGUCAUUCCAGAAGAACAUCGGACAGGCAUUAUGAAUUGGUUUCGCGUGCCCCUCAACGGCUUGGUUGUUGUGUUUCUUCUCUUCGUGGGGAACGUGUCCCAUCAAACCUUAUUUGUUGGCUCCUCGAUUCUCUGUUUGAUCAGCUACACCGUACAUCUUCAGCUCGAGAAGGUCUUGAUGGAGGACGCCAAGGCAGCAGCGGCAGGCGACACUGCCUAG